AUGAGUGGUAAUGCCAACGAUGGUAUUCUGGGUCUCGCCUAUCCAAACUUGGCAGAAGCCGGUGAGAAACCACUUUUCUACAGCAUGUGGUCUGAAGGACUCAUUCCAGAGGCCAUUUUUUCCUUCUAUUUAAAUCCUGAUACAAACGCCGAAUCCGGUGGCGAACUCACGCUCGGUGGUGCAGACCCAAGCAAAUACACUGGUUCUAUUACUUAUAUUUCUGUUGCAGUAGAAGGAUAUUGGGAUAUAAGCGUCGGAUCAACUAUUGUAAGUUCAUCACCGUAUGCUGUUGUUGAUACAGGUACGACAUUCAUCAUCGGGCCUAAAACUGAAGUUACUGCAUUGAAUGCUGCUCUGGGUGGUACCUACGAUGCACUUAGUACAAUGUAUACGAUCGAUUGUCAAACUCGUUCACUAUCUUCAUUUCCCAAUGUUACCUUCACAAUGAACGAUAGAGUAUUUACAUUAACACCACUCCAAUAUCUGCUGAUUCUUGGUAAUCAGUCGAAUGGUUACGUUUGCUUUAGCGUCUUCACUCCAGAUUAUUCGACAGAUUCCAGUGGUAGUUCUAUCUGGAUCUUAGGAGAUUUCUUUCUCUAUCGUUAUUAUUCAGUUUUCGAUAUAGUAAACAAUCGAGUAGGCUUCGCUACGUCGAUAUCGUACGAUUGGAUACAAAAUAUUGAUUCUUCUUUGUUUCCAACACCAUCUACAACAACAAGAACGACAAAGCCCACGAUGAAAACAACUCUAUCGAGCAUAGCUAUAACAACAACAACAACAACAAAAACGAAAAUAACAACGAUGACAACAACAGCAGCAAUCAUUACGGCACAAGCAACGUCUGAGACAUCUAUGCAAGGAAAUGCUACUGAUUAUAGACUAUCACUGCAUUUUUGCUUUUUUAUUUUAAUGAUGAUGGUAGCUGCCCGUCAUGUGGAUAGUUAUUGA